GCGGCUGGGCUUGUGAUGGCCGCCUGAGGAGCGAGUGCGCGAGAGCAAGGGCCGGGAUCCAGGGCGGGCACGCGAGCCAGCGCGGACUGUUGGAAACGGCGGCGUGUGAGGCAGGCGCGCGGUAGAGCCAGCAAGCCGAGGGUGUGCCGGAACAGAUGGUGCCCACUGCCUUCUGUGCGUGGAGAAAGGCAUUAUUCUCUAUAUUCUCCUUUAGGUAUUUGGACAUUGUUGCUGAAUAAUGGGGGAGAUAGAAGGAACGUACAGAAUACUGCAGACUCCUGGUUCUCGUUUGGGAGUCCAGAAGAAUGCCGGAGUGAGUACGCUGGAGCCAGAGCAGAACCUUUCUACAGCAAUGGCAAUGACACCUGCCAAAAUGCAUGAGAGGGAUCUACUGAUCAAAAUAAAACUGUUGGACAACACUGUGGAAGUACUUGCUGUUGAGUCCAAGUGCUGUGGCCAGACGUUGCUGACAGAGGUUUAUAAGCAUUUGAAUUUGGUUGAGUCCGACUACUUUGGAAUUGAGUUCCAGAACAUCCAGUCAUAUUGGAUUUGGCUUGAACCUAUGAAACCUAUUAUUAAACAAGUACGAAGACCAAAGAAUACAGUGCUUCGUCUAGCUGUAAAGUUUUUCCCUCCUGACCCUGGUCAGCUGCAAGAGGAAUAUACCAGGUAUCUGUUUGCAUUACAAAUCAAAAGAGACUUGGCAGAGGAACGACUAACCUGCAGUGACAACACAGCAGCUCUGAUCAUCUCUCACCUUCUGCAGUCGGAGAUUGGGGAUUUUGAUGAAUCUGGGGAUCGUGAUCACCUAAAAACAAACCAAUACUUGCCAAACCAGGAAAGAGUACAAGGAAAGAUACUGGAGUUUCACAGGAAGCACUUGGGCCAAACUCCUGCUGAGUCAGAUUUCCAGGUGCUUGAAAUUGCUCGGAAACUGGAGAUGUAUGGCGUUAGAUUUCACCUUGCAUCUGACCGUGAGGGGUCGAAAAUUAGCCUGGCUGUUUCACACAUGGGCGUACUAGUAUUCCAGGGUACCACAAAAAUCAACACCUUCAACUGGUCUAAGGUCCGUAAAUUAAGCUUCAAGAGAAAAAGGUUUCUUAUCAAGCUACACCCAGAAGUCCAUGGUCCAUAUCAGGAUACGCUGGAGUUUCUGUUUGGCAGUAGGGAUGAGUGUAAAAACUUCUGGAAAAUCUGUGUGGAAUAUCACAGUUUCUUCAGGCUGUUUGAUCAGCCGAAACCAAAGGCUAAAGCAGUCUUCUUCAGCAGAGGGUCUUCAUUCAGAUACAGUGGACGAACACAGAAACAGCUGGUGGAUUAUGUUAAAGACAGUGGGAUGAAGAAAACUCCCUAUGAAAGGAGGCACAGCAAAGCUAGAGUGUCUGCUCAUACUUCAAACACAGAUGUGCCAAAACAGAGUGUCUCAUUUACUGAGGGCUUAGGUGCUCCUGGGUCCCAUGCCUCAGUAUCUGCCUCCUUCCAUUCAGUUUAUACAUCAUCCACUACCACUACUGACCUGCCCAUCUGUACAGAGACGAAUCAUUCCUUCUUGGACCCCAGAGCACCGUAUAUGAGGAGUCCAACAGUAGAAAAGAGUAUUGCAACACCAACUGAAGAAACUGGGAAGAAAGCGACACAGCAGCCUGGAUCUCCCAUACUCCAAUCAUUCCAAGGCCUUUCAAUGGACCACCCUCAGCUCUCUUCCUUCACAUUGAAGAGUCCACAGAGCUUGAACCCCACAUUUCAGGUGAAUUUGAACCCAGCUGGCCAGGGUUCAUCUCCUCUUCUGAGUCCUGUCCUGAGCGAUGCUGGCAGUGCCCGGGUAGAAGAGGAAGAGGAAGUAAAACACAAGCGAUAUCCAACAGAGAAGGUGUAUUUCAUAGCAAAGGAGAUUCUUGCUACUGAACGGACAUAUGUGAAAGACCUAGAAGUCAUUACAGUAUGGUUCCGCAGUGCAGUCAUCAAGGAGAAUGCCAUGCCUGAAGGUCUGAUGACACUGCUCUUCUCUAAUAUAGAUCCAAUCUAUGAGUUUCACCGAAGUUUCCUGAAAGAGAUGGAGCAGAGGGUAGCACUAUGGGAAGGACAAUCCAGCUCUCAUGUGAAAGGAGAUUAUCAACGGAUUGGAGAUGUCAUGCUGAGGAACAUGUGUAUGCUGAAGGAGUUUACCAGCUACUUGCAGAAACAUGAUGAGGUCCUGACAGAACUGGAGAAAGCAACUAAGUGCUUAAAGAAACUGGAAAUGGUUUAUAAGGAGUUUGAAUUGCAGAAGGUUUGCUAUCUGCCACUCAACACUUUCCUGCUCAAGCCCAUCCAGAGGCUGAUACACUACAAGCUGAUCCUGGGGAGACUUUGCAAGCACUACACAGUAGAUCACCAGGACUAUGCCGACUGCAGGAAUGCACUGAAGGAGGUUACAGAGAUGACAUCUCAGCUCCAAAACAGCCUGAUCCGCCUGGAGAAUUUCCAGAAGCUGACAGAGCUACAACAUGACUUGAUUGGCAUUGAUAACCUCAUAGCACCUGGCAGAGAAUUUAUCCGGGAGGGUUGCUUGUACAAGCUCACUAAAAAAGGUUUACAACAGAGGAUGUUCUUUCUGUUCUCAGAUAUGUUGCUGUACACAAGCAAAGGAGUCACGGGUACCAAUCAGUUCAAAAUUCAUGGACACCUCCCUCUGCAUGGCAUGCUGGUGGAAGAGAGUGAGAAUGAAUGGUCUGUCCCACACUGCUUCACAAUCUAUUCAGCUCAGAAAACAAUAGUAGUGGCAGCAAGUACCCGUCUGGAGAUGGGGAAGUGGAUGGAAGACCUAAACAUGGCGAUUGAAAUGGCCAAAAAAUCUAGUGAGAAAUAUGACACGUUUUUGGAAAGCUCCAUGUGUAAUCGCUCUAACAGAUCCUCUGAUGAGGUCUCUCUAGAGCAGGAAUCCGAAGAUGACAUACAGUCUUCUCGUAGCUCCCUGGACAGGCAGAGCCACCACCGUGCCAACACUACAAUGCACGUGUGCUGGUACCGCAACACCAGUGUCUCCAUGACUGACCACAGUGUGGCCGUCGAGAAUCAGCUUUCAGGGUACCUGCUGAGGAAAUUCAAAAAUAGUAAUGGCUGGCAAAAGCUCUGGGUUGUCUUCACCAACUUCUGUUUGUUCUUCUACAAAACUCACCAGGAUGAUUAUCCAUUGGCCAGUCUCCCACUACUUGGCUACACAGUCAGCACCCCAGUGGAGGCAGAUGGCAUUCAGAAGGAUUAUGUCUUCAAGUUGCAGUUCAAGUCCCAUGUGUAUUUCUUCAGGGCCGAGAGCAAGUACACCUUUGAGAGGUGGAUGGAAGUGAUUAAGAGAGCCACAAAUUCUCCAGGGAGAUCGAGCCUGUUGAUUCCCAUGGAUGAAAACGAUAUUCACACAAACUGA